ACCUUCCUGAGAUCAGUGUGAGCCAUGUGAACCUGACGGUGCGGGAAGGGGAGAACGCUGUCAUCACCUGUAACGGCUCAGGCUCACCACUGCCUGAUGUCGACUGGACAGUGGCUGAGCUCCACUCCAUCAACACCCACCAGACCAACCUCAACUGGACCAAUGUUCAUGCCAUAAAUUUGACCUUGGUAAAUGUCACCAGCGAGGACAAUGGAUUCCUGCUUACCUGCAUUGCUGAGAACGUGGUGGGGAUGAGCAAUGCCAGUGUGCUGCUCACUGUCUACUAUCCCCCUCGCAUCCUUACUCUGGAGGAGCCGGUGCUACACCUGGAGCACUGCAUUGCAUUUGCAGUGCAUGGGAACCCAGCUCCCACCCUUCACUGGCUGCACAACGGCCAGGUCCUCCGGGAGACAGAGAUCAUCCACAUGGAGUUUUACCAACAAGGGGAGGUGUCUGAGGGUUGCCUGCUGUUCAACAAACCCACUCACUACAACAAUGGCAACUACACGAUUGUGGCCACCAACCAGCUGGGCUCAGCCAACCAAACUAUCAAAGGACACUUCCUUGAAAAGCCCUUUCCAGAGAGUACGGACAACUUUGUCUCAAUUGGUGAUUAUGAAGUGAGUCCCACCCCACCAAUCACUGUGACCCAUAAACCAGAGGAGGACACUUUUGGGGUUUCCAUAGCAGUUGGUCUGGCAGCUUUUGCUUGUGUCCUCUUGGUCGUCCUCUUUAUUAUGAUCAACAAGUAUGGCCGGCGGUCCAAGUUUGGGAUGAAAGGUCCAGUGGCAGUGAUCAGCGGAGAGGAGGAUUCAGCCAGUCCUCUCCACCACAUCAAUCAUGGCAUCACGACGCCCUCGUCCCUGGAUGCUGGCCCAGACACAGUGGUGAUCGGCAUGACCCGCAUUCCUGUCAUCGAGAACCCCCAGUACUUCCGACAAGGUCACAACUGCCACAAGCCAGACACAUAUGUCCAGCAUAUUAAGAGAAGAGACAUCGUUUUGAAGAGGGAGCUGGGAGAAGGUGCCUUUGGGAAGGUGUUCUUGGCCGAGUGUUACAACCUCAGCCCCACCAAUGACAAAAUGCUGGUGGCAGUGAAGGCACUGAAAGAUCCCACCUUGGCAGCCCGCAAGGACUUUCAGAGGGAGGCAGAGUUGCUCACCAACCUACAGCACGAGCACAUCGUUAAGUUCUACGGCGUGUGUGGUGAUGGGGACCCACUCAUCAUGGUCUUUGAGUACAUGAAGCAUGGUGACCUGAACAAGUUCCUGAGGGCACAUGGCCCAGAUGCUAUGAUUCUCGUGGAUGGGCAGCCUCGUCAAGCCAAAGGGGAGCUAGGGCUAUCCCAGAUGCUCCACAUCGCUAGCCAAAUCGCCUCUGGAAUGGUGUACCUUGCCUCCCAGCACUUUGUCCAUAGAGACCUGGCCACCAGGAACUGCUUGGUUGGAGCCAACUUGCUGGUGAAGAUUGGAGACUUUGGGAUGUCAAGAGAUGUCUACAGCACUGAUUACUACAGGGAAGGGCCGCGUCCGAGGGGCCAGUUCAGCGCAGCGUGGCAGCGACAGAGACUGGUACCACCGGCAGCUGCAACAGUUGGAGGACACACCAUGCUGCCUAUUCGCUGGAUGCCUCCGGAGAGCAUCAUGUACAGGAAGUUCACAACAGAGAGUGACGUCUGGAGCUUUGGGGUGAUCCUCUGGGAGAUCUUCACGUAUGGGAAACAGCCCUGGUUCCAGCUCUCAAACACAGAGGUCAUUGAGUGCAUUACCCAAGGCCGAGUUUUGGAAAGGCCUCGAGUCUGCCCCAAGGAGGUUUACGACAUCAUGUUGGGCUGUUGGCAGAGAGAACCUCAGCAACGGCUCAACAUCAAGGAGAUCUACAAGAUCCUUCAUGCUCUGGGCAAGGCCACACCAAUCUACCUGGACAUCCUUGGCUAGCAGUGGCCACUUGUUGGAAGUCCCUUCUCCUUUAUUCCGUCCUUCCUCCCCUCUCCCCCUCCCAAGUCCUUUGCCCCUCAGCUCCCAAGCAAACAUCUUCAUAUAAACUCAAGUGCCUGCUACACAUACAACACUGAAAAAAAAAAAAAAGCAAAACAAAACGCAAACCAACAAAAAUCCCACAGAACAACAACCUGUAAGGCAGUUUGGCUUAUAUAUAUUUAUAGAUAUCUCUCUAUAUAUAACUUCCACACCAAUACAAAAAGAAGCUGCUGUUACAGAAAAUUGUAAGACUUUAAAAAUAAGAAAAAAAGAAACAAACAAAAAAAGGGAGAAAAAGUACUUAAAAAGGUAUAUAUAAUU